AUGGGCAGUCAAGAAUCGCUCCAGGCCUUCACCUCCCUCGGAACCCUCGACUACGCGGUAGUCGAUGCAUCUUCAACGAAGGAGGCGCUCACGGCGGAGAACUUGGCGUUGCUGCCCUUUACCGGACAACCCAUCGUUGCCGCCUACAAUCUGCCCUCCCUCGCCUCCACUCUCGUGCUGGACGGAGCGACGCUGGGGGCCAUCUGGUCGGGCAGUGUGGUGUGGUGGAACGACACGGCCAUCCAGACCCUCAACCCAAGCCUCACGCUGCCGCAGGAGCGCAUACUGCUGACCUACGCCAGCGACACGUCGUCCGGCAUCACCCAGACCUUCACGCGUGCGCUGUCCCUCUUCGACGCUGACUUUGCCGCGGCGUGGAACGCGACGGGCAGCCUCGGUUGGGCCGGCAUUGCCGGCAUCGCCGGCCACGCCAACAACUCGGGCCGGCCCGGCAAGACCCAGACCGACUAUGUCAAGGUGUGA